AUGGUCAGCGAAGACAAGGCUGUUGAUAUCAAGAAGGAGGAACAAAAUAAUUCAACGAUAAAUUCAGCGCAAGAUGAUGUGCAGAAUAAACAUCAUGAGGCAGACGAAACGAAAGAAGAUAUAAUACGACUGAAUAAUAACGAAAAUGAAGAGAAAGACAUCAAUUCAGAAGGUCAAGCAGAGAAAAAAGCAGACAUACGCGAGAAAUUAGAUGGCCACGAAGUUAUAACCAGUGAUAAUAAGAGCAUUCAAAAUGAGAGGGAAGCGUCGAACGCCGACGAAACUGUAAUGAAUACCGAAACCAUCAAUGAAGAAGGGAAAGAAGCGCCAAUUAAUACACUGAAUAAUGAUGAUGAAACACAUUUCAAUAAACCUCUGCUCAAUUUGCCCGACUUGGAAGUACCAUUUUCGGAGAGAAGGUUAGCACCAGAAACUAUUAAUUUAUUAAACAAACCAGUAGACAAAAAAUUAACAAUGUCGGGAAUAGAAUUUCAAUUUUCCAAGAUCAUUGGAGUAAUAUUAAAGUCAAAGGGACUUGACUAUUCGGAAGAAUUUCUCUCUCAAAUGAACGACUUAAGUAUAACUUAUUUUCAUGACAUAAUAGAAACGUUGAGGAAAUUCACUGAGAUACAAAGAAGAAAGAAACCAUCCAUAAGUGACACCGAGUUAUGUUUUAGAAUGAAGGGCAUUACGGCCGACAGAUUGUACAAAGAAUAUGAAGAGACAAAACUAAUCGCGAAUAAAUAUAAAUCAGAGAUUGAUCUUGUUAAGAACCAAACCACGGAAUUGAUCAAUGAAUUCAAAGAAGACAACAAGUUUGAUGAAAAUGAUCCGUCGCUCCCAUUUUUUACAAAUGAACACUACGAAAUUACUGAAUUAAUUCCAAAGCAAUCUUCUAAGCCUAUCUAUAUUCCAUUUUAUUUGCCUGACCUUCCCCCAGAUUAUACUUACCAAAAGACUCCUAAGUAUAUGAAUAUGAUUACAGAUUUGAAGCAAUUGAGGUUGAAGUUAGUGGAUGAAUCCAGAUUGACAGAAAAGUCCUUAUAUAACUUGAUUGACGAUGAUGAAAAAAAAUGGAAAGAAGAUUUCGAGAAACAAAUUCGUGACACAUUACUGGAAGUUGACGAUGAUAUAGGUAGCGAAAACGAAAAUAGUUUAAUGAGUGAAGUUGAUCAAAAGAACCAGACGGAUAUAGAAACUCCAAUACCUGACCAUCAGUUGGAAGGACAAGAAACUAAGCCUCAGCUAACAGAAUUAAACAAGAAAGACGGAAUCCUAGACGAAGUAGACGUGGUAAGCGAAACACUACACAAUAAAGCAGGAGAGCAAACUACCAAAGUUGAUGGUGAACCGCGAAAGCUACUUCAAGAUGUCAAGACAUUUGACUUUGUUGCAUACGCUCAAAAAAGACGUGACUUAGAACGUUCGAAAGAGCUUGAAAUAGAUCGUAAAAGAAAAUUACGAGAGUCGAACAUUUUUUUCAAGACUGAGAAGUAUUAUUCGCCAUACGCUACUUUGCCAGUAACACAUGAAGUUGAUUUAUAUUUUGCCAAUAUUGUGCAAGAUGAAUUCAAGUCAGUUAUCGGGUCAGUGAGGACAGCAGAGAAGAAGAAGAAAAGAAAAGUCGAAAAGAUUCUCCGCGAAAAGGCCGAAAGAGAACAAGCAAAAGAAAAGGAAAGAGAGAAAAUGGGGUUGGGAUUCAGCUUUGGUCCAAUUAGUCAUAUGCUGGAUGACGAGAACGAUGAUAGCGACAAGGACGAGGAUAUGGGCUUCCCAACUUUUGAUUUCGGCGAUAGCAUUGAAUCACAAGACAAACAGGAAACCGAAGCAAACCCAAGUGAUGAUAACGAUGCAACUGAAAUAGGUUCGAUUCCAAAAGUAGACGGAACUGGUGCUACCCAUGUCAAUACUGACGACGAAAUGGAUUCUGAUUCCUUUGAGGCUGAAUUGGAAGAUGCGAUUCCGGUUGAUUCUGCACCUAAAGAAACCCUUCUUGAAAACAAUAUGAAGACUUCUAAUGAUCUUCCGUCUGAAUCAAGUGACGACGAAAUAGAACUUGAAGAUGUAUAA